UCCUCCUCUGAAAAGGAAAAAGUAGAAGUUGCCUCAAAAUUGAAUAGUCUUAGUCCUCCUCUGAAAAAGUAGAAGUUGCCUCAAUAUCCAAUAGAAAUAGUCCUCCUCUGAAAAAUAAGUAGAAGUUGCCUGAGCAACAAGUAGUAGCAGACAAAUACAAAGAUGCAGCACAACUCGAGGAGCAACUACGAAAGUUGGGGUUCUUCUUAUGAUUCGUCCACUUACAACACGAAAUCACGAGGACAAGGAAAAUGGGACUUUUUGAGGCAUAGCUACCCCGGUUCACUCUGGCCGGGACUAGACCAUGAAGGAGAACAUCAGAAUUACGCACCUCCUGGUACUAAUGUCACAGGAGCAUAUCAUCAACAUGCUGAAAGAAAUUAUCAUCAACUACAUGAUGGGAGAAGUUGCACAACAACUUCAACAUCAAGGAGUACAACAACUUCAGCACAACAACAAAAGUAUCACACAUCAAGUGGCGUUAAGGCUUCCUCCAAUCCAUCUCUCCAAUCCAUCUCUAGAUCCCCCAAGCAUCUGCACCCCAAUACAAGGGGAAUGCUCAGGCAUAUCCUUGAGGGAUUUCCACAGGAAUGAAUUGGGGAGAGGUCCAAUAGUGCCGCGGUUGUUUCCUCUUCAAUAUGCGGAGGUGCGUCCACAUCUACUGCUACGUCCACAAGAAAUGAUCAGCAGCCAGGAGGACAUAAUCCAGCGUGGUACUCAUACUCGUGCGAUGAGGACUUUUUUCGGAAAAACAAGGAGAGGUGGCAUGCUCCCAUAGUACAAGGACAAGAUAAUCAUAAUUGCGACUGGACGAGUCGGAUGAAUGAACAUCCAAUGGUUCCCCGGCCGGUCAGGAAACGGGCUCCUCCGCCACCGCCGCCGCAACAGAAGAAGGAACAAGAUGGGGAGUUGUCGAGCAGGGGCAAUGCUUUUGUUAUGUUGGACCAGUAGAAUCAAAUUCACUCUACUAGAUGAAUGUGCACUGUGACUCUCAUUUUUUUACGUCUGGUGGCUACCUAGAUCUACAUCGAGGAGCAAUUCAAGUCAAUGCAUACCAUCAACAUUGAAGUACGUCAUGUUCAUCCAGUUGAUGCGUUACACCUGCUACAACUACAAGUCAGUCUCAUCUUCAAGCGAAGCCUUGUUUCAUUUUUUCAUCGCUGAGCCGUUGUAGCCGAGCUUCAGAUGAAGACGAUGUAGUGCUUCUGGGACCAGAGGCAUCUGCAGGAUGCGACACACCUGUAUCGUUUUCCACGACGAUUGGUGCAACGAGUAGCAGCUCAUCAACUUCAGCUGCAACUUCAACUUCAUCUUCCAAAAAUAACACCAGCUGCAUCACCUCUUCAUGGCCUGGAGGUUCUCUCCUUGGGAGUACUUCUAGUUCCGGUACUUCUCAUUUUCAGUGCGCGCCGGCUAGUAUGGGAGCAUUGGAUUUGAAGAUUGCGCGUUGUCGGGAUCCGAGGAUGGAAGCGUUGAAGGCGAAAAUCGCUAAAAGUAACGAUCCCAGGAUGUAUCAAUUGAAACUACAUAUGCAAGCACUCAACGAAAGGAUGAGAACAAUGGAGGUCGAAGAGGACGAUCUUCGACUUGUUGUGAAGCAGGAUCAUGGCAGUUGUACUAGACGAGCAGGACCAGUGCCUCCAGGGCCCCCGGGGGAGUCUACUUUGUUCGAGAGGACUUUUCACAUAAGGCUACAAGAAAUCCAUCUUCACAGGCAUCUUGGUCCCGUUUUUAAAGGGAAAACGAGACCCAAGAUGCUGCUCAAGAUGGAUUUCUCUUAGUUCUAAUUCACGCUGUAGAAGUGGUUGCUCGUCCACAUAAAAUGAAUGUUGACAACAAACUACAACAUCUUCCUGCAGACCUGCCUAUCAGCACCAGAAUACUAGUGGAAGAGGAUUCUUCUAGAAAUAAUCCUGCUGUUUGUAGUGCCUCUGGUGGAUUGACGCACCGCAACUUUGACACAUCUUCUACUGGUGUUCCACGAGGAAGAGAAAUAAACUUCAACGAUCAACAAGCCCAGCUACAGCUUCAAGAACCUACAUUUGUGAAGAAAAACGAAAAGCCAAGAGGUCCAGGCCUAUGGUUUCGGAGGAGUAGUGAGUUGAGCAACGCCUCGCCACCAAGGGCGGACUCUGCUGGAGGAACGGGAGCAGGCUGUCUGGAGGUACUUCUGUUAUUUGAUGCAAUGUCUAGUGAAGGAAUAACAGCUACAUCUUGAUGAGGUGCACCAUCUGUCUCAUAUUGAACAUCCAAAUAUGAUUUGUUCACAACAUCAUGGGAAAGCUAUCAAUCCUUGUCCUCAAUGGGACGCAAUCUAGUCGUAUAUGUCUUCUUAUUCAUUAUACAGUAAAAAUCAGCCUUCUUCAACUGCAUGAACGUCGUCUGCUUCAAAGGUUGUACCUGGCCAGGGUCAGCAUCACAAUGGUUUACCGGUCGUAGCGCGUUCUUGGCCGGGCCCUUGUUCGAGUUGGGGACAUGCUAACACUACCUUGACGACCGAUCAUUUACCGGAUAAUCAUGAUAGAAGGUUACUACAUGCGGUUUGAGUAAAAGUGGUAUUAUAAAUAUUUUAUGAUAAUUGUACGCAUGUUUCUCAUGUUGUUAUUUGCACUUACGGAGAAGCUUUGUCUUCUUAGAAUGUGUAUUUUUAAAGAAAGGUAAUAAAGGUUAAGUUAUUUUUGUACGUAGAGCUAUGUAUAACUACUUAAGUGAUUUUUGUUGAAAAUGCAAAUGAGCACCUGCCCGACUUUCGCGAUGAGUCUUCGUUCUCUCUUUCUUCAAUGAAUGUUUCUUACUGGUGCACUUGAAACAACGACUUUCGAUAAUGAGAAAAUCAUGUAGGCAUAUUUUUAAUGAACACUUUUACUGCUGAAUCACGGUUACAUACUGACAAAUUCACUUAGUUUCUACACUGUAUUGAAUUUGUUUUUUCCCACGUCGCAGUUGAGAUGAUCAACAUUGCAAGUAGAAAAUGUAAAUGAAUUUUUAAGAGCGACGAGUCACGAGUAGUUGUUGUUAGUCGACAUUAUAAUGUCCAUGACCAUGUCCUAGGAUUUUCUGCUGCCUUGAUCGGAUGAAUGCAGGCAUCGCUCUUCGGAUGAAUGAGAUUUGUUGAGCGUUGCAAAGAAGGGAUGUAUCGUGACAUAUUAAUGCGCGCGCGGCUUCUGAGAGCAGACAGUUUCCGUUGCGAUGAAUUUGAAUUCUAGAGCUAGUAGACCUAAGAAUCUGAAAG